AUGGGCUCCUACGCCCUCCUCUUCGCAAUUUCCCUCUUCGCUACAACCGUUCUAGCCGAACAACAGGUAACAUUUGAGACAAUUUAGAGGAAAAACCUAUAAAAGAGAAAAAAUUCGCAAAUUUGACAGGCAUGGCCGCUACCGGAAGAGGUUUCCGCGUCGUUGCUGCACGAGAUCCCGCCCCUGCACACGGCGUUCGUGCAAAUCGGAGAGGAACUGCACUACCUGAACAAGCCGAUUCAACAGGAGCACGUGCACCAUUUGCCCGUAUUCGACCAGUUGGCGCCCGCCCUCAAAGGACACGCAAAAGCGGAGAAGGCGGCGAAAAAGGCGCCGAAAACCACGUUUAAUGUGCUGAAAAUGGCCGGAAAGGGAGAAUUGCCGCUCGAAAUGGACCCGCCCAUGCUCGAUUUCGGACAAAAGUGAGCUGCCAUCUUUUUGCGAAUUGUCGAUUUUGAAUUGAAUUGCAGUUCUGUGGGCAACGCUCAGAAGGCGAAAAUCUACAUUCGGAACAUGAGAAACGAGGAAAUAUUUUUGGACGCGAUCGUGGUCAAUUCCAUCGAAUUCCAGGCGUCUUAUUUCGAGAAAUAUGUGAGUUUAGAAUACAUUUUUUUCUAAAACAACACUUUCCGUCUCAGAAACUGGAACCGCACGGCGUCACCGCAGUCGAAGUGGCCUUUUUGCCGCGAGAAAUCGGAAAACGCUCAACGAUCGUCAAUUUUUACACGUCCGUCGGAAUGUUCACUUAUAAAGUACGUUUGGACCCUUUUUUCCGGUUUCAAAGUAAAAAAGACGGAAAACUGAUAUUUUACUUGGUUUUCUACACACUUUUAACCGGAAAAUGGUUUAGGUGCAAGGAAACUGCGUCUCGAAUCCGUACCGGUUGUCCCCGUUCACAGGGUAUCGAAUUCCGAUGAACUCUUCGAUUCCGAAGCCAAUUCACCUUUACAAUCCGCAUCCGUACACUAUACGAGUCACCGAGGUACGUUUUUCACAGAAAGAACUAUAGACUUCAAAUGUCUCACUUCUAGUUUUAUAAUAAUUUUGCAGAUAAGUUCCUCCGGAGGCAACGCGCACAUCGAACUGCCCCAUGAAGUGGAUAGUAUGCUGGCGGGCGAGCCCCCGCAGUACUGGGACAUCCGUCCGUUCCAGUCGAAACACGUGGCCACUGUAGUCCUUGUGGGCUGCACGGCCGAAAACUCGACGGUCUUCGUGCGGAUCGCGGCGGAACUGCAGCUGAGCACGGAGCUCCGGCACCGACUCGACGACAUCUUCAUGACGAUUCCGAUCGAAGUGCUCAAGAAGCGGGGGGUGUACGCGACGGACGAGAUGCUCGACUUUGGACUGCUCCGACAGGGCCUCAAAUCGGAGCCGAAGGUGUUCUCGGUGGCGCAGUAUCAGAUCGGCGGACGGCUGGAAUUCGAGUCGCUCUACGUGGAGAGGGGCGACCACACGGCCAUUUAUAUGGAGUUCGCGUCGCAUCCGCCCAUUAUUGUGUACCCGCCGAACAAAGGAAGCGUCACUAUGGGUAAGGGAAAUGCAAAUUGGGGAAAAUAAAUAAUCAAGGUCAAUUCUGGUUGCAGGACCGAAAGCGGACCUGGUGAAGGUGUACAUGGAAGCGAAUCGGGUGCAAAUGGCGGCCAACCAGCAGAUGAAACACAUUUCCGGACAGAUAAUAGCGGUCUCGCGCGGCGGGAACUACAAUAUCAGCAUCCCGUACCGCGUGGACGUCUUCCGCGGCGACCUCGUCUCGAUCGGCAACGAUCUUUCGAUUCAGGAGGACCUGCGGCCGCCCCAUCAGAGGGUCAUCCGCAUAGAGAAUCAGCUGCCGUUCGACGUGGCCGUCUGGAACAUCUCCCUCUCCGCAGACCUGCUCGCCCACUUCUCGGUCCGUCUCGUCGACCGCACCGUCGCCAUUCAAUCCGGCCACAUUUCCCCGGUGUUCGUGCUCAAAUACAACAAAAAGUUGCCCACUUCCUUUGAGAAUUCCACAAUUUUCCUCCACACGAACGUCUCCACAUUCAGUCUGGAAGUGUCGACGUUCGCGGGGAAGCUGGCCGUCGAAAUGACGUCGGUCGACAAGAAUUCGUUCGAUUUCGGCUUUGUCGAGAAGAACGACACGCGGACGAUCCGAUUCGUCGUCUGGAAUCACAACCGCGCGGAGAUGCGCCUCAAGAAUCUGGCGGUGCCGUUCCGAAACGCGUACCGAUUGUACGAGGUGGGCGUCAAAUCGAUCGGCAACUUUUCGGACGUGCGCAACGACGAACGGCUCGAGUACGUGGAGCCGACGGACGUGGACAUUCCGCCGCUUCGGGGCAAGAUCUUCGACCUGGAGUUGAAGGUGCCGUGGGACGGGCACGUCCGCAACGGACACAUCCUGUUCGAGACGGACUACGAGUCGAAACUGUUCGCGGUCACCUAUCAGGUGUCCUCCGGGUCCCUGCAGUCGAUCCCCGACGAAAUGUCGUUCGGGCAGACGUUCCCGUCAAAACUCGUCUACCGUACUCUCCAAGUAUUCAACUCGUUCACCGAAGAUAUGACCGUAACCCGACUGACCACUCUCAACGAGGAUCCACGCUUCUUCUUCGAGGGCUUCGACCCGUUGAACCCGCCGGUUCUGAGGUCUGGACGACUCACCAAUCUGGGCAGAGUCAUGUUUUCCCCUUCGGCGCCAUGCGAGCACGAAUACUGCUACCUGGGCAUUCCGCUGGGCUCUCCGGACGGCGCGUGGUUCACGCACGGACUGGGACUCCCGUCGAAUCUGCCCGAAAUAGACUCGUACCUUUAUAAACAGUUGCGAAGGAAGUACGAUGCGCUGGUGAAGAGCGGCAAGCACCACGUGAACACGACCAUUAUUUUGGACACGGACAAGGCAAAGAAUAUCAAGGUGCGUAGGGGAAACCUCGAAAUUUUAGGGCCAGACGCUUUGAAUGUUAAGUUUUCUUUUUUCUCCCUUACUUGUUCACUUCACAUGUAACUCUUCUCUAAUUCAGAUAAAAACGUCGGCGGAACUAGUGUGGCCCCGUCUGCUUACCCGCAACUCCAUCCAUUUCCCUCUGACGGCGCUCGGCAACUUCACAAUAGUCAACCUGACACUGGCGAAUCCGACGAGCGUUCCCGUUGCGAUCCAAGUGAUUCCCCUGGUCAUUUACCCGGACGCCGAGUCCCUCGUCGAGCUGAUGAGACCGCAUUUGGCCUCGGAACUAACGGACCACGUGGAGAUGAACGAGACGCUCAUGUUCUCGCUGCGGGACACCGAACUGUUCACUCUGAAGCCCGAUUCGCCGGUACCGAAGCUCCGCGAGGCGUUCGAAUACCAUCUGAACCACGAAAUGCCACGAUAUAAUAAUGAGGUCAACAUUCCGAGGUACCCAAUGAAAUUCUUCGACAAAAAAAAAGAAUGAAAUCCGUUUAGAUUCACGCUGUCGAUGAUCCUGAAACCGCACAUGAAAGUGCGUCUCCGUCUGGGAUUCCUGCCCUCCGACUACACUCUUCGCUCCUCUCUCCUCCUCAUCCGCAACAAUCUGACGGCCCUCGAGCCGGUGGUGAUGUACGGAAAAGGGGCGAGGAUCGGAGUGCGCGUCGAGGGAUCCGAGGCCAGAUCCAAGAAAGCGUUGCUGUUCGAGAUCCGACACGACCAUCUCACCGACUGUAAUAAUCCAAAGAGUGAGUGGGCGGCGCCGAGGGAGGAUUUCCAAAGGGGGAAUGAUAAGAGAAACGGGGUGUUGAGAUAGAGAAAGAAUCACUGAAGAAGUCAGGGUCUCGCCACGAAUUUCACGUUAACAGGAAUUGUAAAGUAGUCGAGCUCCGUGGUGUUAACAAUGGCUAUAAAACCUUUUACCCAGAGUACAGUACCCCUUUUACAGGACUGAUGCACAAAUUGCACUCAACACUGACGGUCCGCCGUCCGUUCCAAGUGAUGAACAGCGGCGAAGUGGGCUUCACGGUCACGAACAUGAGCAUAAACGGGGUGCCGUGCGAGAACCGCGGCUUCCGAAUUCUCAACUGCUACCCGUUCCGACUGCAACCCAACGAGACCUACGCGCUGGACAUUGCGUUAGUUCUGGUUAACAUUUCAGCUCGAUAAUAUCCAUUUCCAGGUACACGCCCGACUUUUUGACGACGACGAACGAGGCGGACUUGCAGCUGUACAUGCACAUGAACGGCAGUGCGUGGCUGUUCCCGCUGGCCGCCACGGUGCCCGGGGACAUGCUCGCAAAGUGUCAUCAGGCACUGCCGAGGCCGCCCUUCGAGAACAUCAUGUACUAUAGCUGUGUGACAGCACUGAUGUGAGUCAUUUUUCCGAAAAGAUAUUGUAGAUUUGCACUAAUAGUGUCUCGCAAAAUUCGCUCCACUGCGCAGUGCUACAGUACUCCUCCUUACCGUAAUCAUUUUGCAGAUUCUGUUUGGUGUGCGUGCUGGCGUGUGCCUAUCUGGAAGGGGACCGUGCGAUCGCUUGUGCAAUCCGUCAGCAAUUCGCGAUUCCGCGCCACGUCUUCGACCUGAACGCCCUCAAACCGACGCCUUCUCUGGUGCCGGCAGCCGCCGCCGCUUCCGUUCCCACCGGAUCAUCAUCAUCGGAGAAGUCGUCGUCGUCGGAGAAGGAGAAGAAGAAGUGGGCGACGACGCCGUCCACGCUGAGAGCCUCCUCCGACGCGUGGCUCAUCUCGAGAUUCCUGAUAAAUCUGGCGAAUUGGGUGGUCGGAUGCGUGCAUCUAGUGUGGAGGGUCUCGCUUUUCUACCGUAAGGAGAAGCCCGCGUCGGCGGAGAAAACGGCGAAGACGUUGAAGAAAAAGAAGACGGCGGUGACGAUGAAAAAGGAUAAAGAGUCUGAAGUUUCGAAGGAGCCGACGACCGCCUCGAUCACGAUGGAAGACCUCCAGAAUCUGCCGCCAGAGUACCGACAACUCAUCGAAAUGAUGGAGGCGAAUAAGCUGGCGCCCGCGUCGGUGGCUCCGCCCACUUCUCAAACCUCGAAUCCGACGGAGCCGUUGCUUUCGAAGAGCCAGAAGAAGAAGGAGGCGAAGAAACGGGCGGCCGCCGCGCAGAAGGAAUGGGAGAACAACAAUCCGUCGAGCGCGACCCGGAAGGCUUCCGCGGCGAGCUCCGAGCACAAAACGCCCACGCCGUCGCCGAAAGCACAGGUCCAGCAGAGGAAGCCGCUCCAGACACCUCCUAAAAAGAAGAUCGCAGCUCCGAUCCUCGUGGAAGAUCGGAAACCGCCCCCAGCUCCGGCUCCGAAAGCCCCGACCACUCCAGCUGCUCCGACCACCUCUCCGAUGCCGAUCCCGACCGCCCAGGACCUCGCCAACCCGAUCCUUCAACUGUCGCCGGACAUGUUCUAUCGCCAAUUCCUCGCGUCGACAAUGAUGCCGAUGGACCCGGGCGUCUGGGACUCUCCGGCUGCUCAGGCGGCCAUUCCCUACAUGAAUCUGUGGAACUACGGGGGACCGCUGCUGAGCACGGAGCAAAUGGAGGAACUGAUCAGACAGGCGUCCGGAGGCGUUGUACCGGACUUUGGUGCGAUCGGAAAUGAGCAGAUGAUGGAAGAGCCGGAGACGGAGGAUCAGUGGAACGGAAAGGACGAGGACGGAGAGGAGGCGCCCGAUUGGGCAGAUGAGGUACGUCUGCGGAAAGUGAUUUGACUAGAAGUGUUGGGAAAACUCACCAUAUUUCACAAGAAUUUCACUCUAAAAUCAGUAGGAACCUAAAAUAUCUUGCAGGAAGUGAACGCGAGCGACGCCGAAAUGGACUUUUCCUCACUGGCGGCCGCCUCGGAGGACAUCUUCCACGAGCAGGAUCCGUCCCCAUCCGACGGUCUCCGUCACCGGCACCGCAGUCCCAGCCAGGCCUCCUCGACUCUUUCCCGUCGAUUGGAGAGCUCCCCGCAGAAAAUGGGCAGCCGCCGACUGACGAUCGGAUCCGAAAAGAAGGACUCGCUGACGUUCUCGCGGACCCCCGGCGCGCCGAUCGGCUCCAUUUGGACCGAUUCUUCCGACUUGCUCAGCCCGUGGAGCACUCCGACUCCGCCCACAAACGCUGCUCCGGGAGCACCUGUGGGAACGGCGACGAGCUCGGCCGUCGGACAGAGUGCAGAGGAUCAGCUGUCGCUUUCCCAUUUGGGCAUCAAUUUGGGUACGGUUUCGAGAUUUUGCAACUAAAAAUUUGGGAAAAUCGUGUUUUGCAGCCGACGGUCCCCUGUUCGGAAACACAAUGUUCAGUGGGCCGGAGUUCAAUCUGUGGUCGUCCAGCUCGAUUUUCAACCCGCCCACGCACUCGCCACAAAAUGAAGAAGAUGAAGAGAAAAAGCAGAAUUGA